UUGUGCAACAGCAUCUAAUCUAAAGUUCAAGGUAUCGUCCACGAGUUUAACUCGGAGCAGUGGACGCUGUCAUUCAGCUUCAGCGCCGGUGGCCAGUCAGUUUGUCUCACAGAAGACCGUUUUAAAUCUAAGAAGCCAUGGGAGAGUGGGGAUUCCUGUCCACUCUGCUUCAUAAGGUGCAGACCCACUCCACUGUGGUGGGAAAAGUCUGGCUUAGCGUGCUUUUCAUCUUCAGGAUCAUGGUGCUUGGAGCGGGAGCCGAGAAGGUUUGGGGUGAUGAACAGUCCAAAAUGGUUUGCAACACCAAGCAACCUGGUUGUAAGAACGUCUGCUACGACCACGCCUUCCCCAUCUCGCACAUUCGGUUCUGGGUUCUCCAGAUCAUCUUCGUCUCCACGCCAACCCUGGUCUACCUCGGCCACGUCAUCCAUGUCAACCACAAAGAGAAAAAGCUGAGAGAAUACAUGGAAGCCCACCCCAGCCGGGGGAUUGUGAAGGGGCCAAAGUACUCUGACGAAAAGGGGAAAGUCCAGCUCAAGGGCAACCUGCUGGGAAACUACAUGACCUCCAUCUUCUUCAGAAUCCUCCUGGAGAUAGGCUUCAUAGUGGGGCAGUAUUACCUGUACGGGUUCAUCAUGGAGCCGCAGAUCGUCUGCUCCCGGGCGCCAUGUCCCUUCACCGUCGAGUGCUUCAUGUCUCGGCCCACGGAGAAAACCAUCUUCAUCAUCUUCAUGCUGGUCAUGUCCUGCGUCUCGGUGGUGCUCAACGUGGUGGAGAUCUUCUACCUGGCGUGCACCAGGUCGUCCAGGCGGAAGUCCAAAUCGGUGCAGACAACGGCCAUCGCCAUCCACCCGCGUUUCACCACCGACAGCAUGAUGAAGAACGAGAAGCUCGGCCUCCAUGACUCCAGCACGGCUUGAGGGACGACGUUCGGUAGAUCCACCGAGUC